AUGUGUCCGGUUAUCCUGCUUUCUUACCAUUCACUAUCUCAUCUCAUGUCACCGAAAGAGACUCCGCUGGCUAUCCAACACGUGCCCGACUAA